AUGGAACAGAACUUGAAGUUGGACAAAGGCGAAGAUGAAGAAAGAGCUGAUGUCAAUGCGUAUCGAUGCCUUAUUGGCAGGCUUUUGUAUCUUCAAGCAACAAGGCCCGACAUCACUUAUGUUGUAAACGUUCUUAGUCAGUUCGUAUCUGAUCCUCGACAAAACCAUUGGAAUGCUGCUAUGCGAGUUCUUCGAUAUCUCAAAGCUACCUUAGGACAAGGGAUAUUACUACCAAAAGAAAAUGAGACAGAUUUAAUCGCCUAUAGUGAUUCAGAUUGGUUAGGGUGUCCCUUCUCUCGCAGGUCACGAACUGGAUAUGUUUUGCUUUUGGGUGGAGCUCCAAUUUCUUGGAAGUCCAAGAAACAAUCUGUGGUCUCCCGUUCUUCCACUGAGGCUGAGUAUCGUGCAAUGGCCACCACUGUGAGUGAGAUCCUCUUGACUCGUUGGCUGCUGACCGAAUUUCAUGUUGAGUUUCAUGCACCAAUACCCCUUUUGUGUGAAAAUAAUUCAACCUGCCACAUUGCACACAAUCCAGUGUUUCAUGAGUGCACCAAGCAUGUAGAAAUGGACUACUAUUUUCUACGAGAACGUGUCUUCUCCAAGGAAAUUGUUCCCGUGAAGAUCAACACUCAAGAUCAGCUAGCUGAUUUACUUACUAAACCGCUUGGUUCAGAUCGUCUCAAGUUGCUAUCAACCAAGCUGGGCAUUUGGAACCUUCAUGUGCCAGCUUGA